UCUGAAGGUUCAUCAGGCUGGAGAUAGACACAGACAAAUAGAUAGCAACACUGUCAUCUACAUUGGAUACAUCAGAAAACACAGUGUGAUCAACAUGCACCUCAAUGUUGGCCGUCCAUGUUUUUACCCUUCCUUCGUAACUCAUCCCCCUUCGUCAACUGACACUGGCAUUCAGCAUCACGACUGCAGCUGCUCUCUGAAGUUUGAAAUCCUUAUCUGAAUCAUGGGAAACAUUUUUGGGAAUUUGCUGAAGAGCCUCAUCGGUAAGAAGGAGAUGAGGAUCUUGAUGGUGGGGCUCGAUGCUGCAGGGAAAACAACAAUCCUCUACAAGCUCAAGUUGGGUGAAAUCGUCACCACAAUCCCAACCAUCGGGUUUAACGUGGAGACGGUGGAGUACAAGAACAUCAGCUUCACUGUGUGGGACGUGGGUGGGCAAGACAAGAUUCGCCCCCUCUGGAGACACUAUUUUCAAAACACACAGGGUCUAAUCUUUGUGGUGGACAGUAACGACAGAGAGCGCGUGAACGAAGCACGAGAGGAGCUGAUGAGGAUGCUUGCUGAGGACGAGCUCAGGGAUGCAGUGCUCCUUGUUUUUGCCAAUAAACAGGAUUUACCAAACGCCAUGAACGCUGCUGAGCUCACAGACAAGCUGGGCUUACACUCCCUGCGCCACCGUAACUGGUACAUCCAAGCCACCUGCGCCACCAGCGGUGACGGGCUCUAUGAGGGUCUUGAUUGGCUGGCCAAUCAACUCAAGAACAAGAAAUAAGAAGACAACUGGAAACAGCAGCUGGCAGCUGCACCCAUCCACCUUUAAAUUGAUUUUUCUUUUUGAGAAUGGGGCUGUGGGUCAGGAACAAGGGUUUUGGUUGAUCGGUGCAAAGAAAGAUUCAGGGUCUGGGGGAGAUUUUCAGCUUUCGUUUUCAGUCUGUUGAGGUUUCCAAUAGUUUUCAGCUCUCAUUGCAAACAGAUUCUCACAUACUCUGUAUUUCACCACUCACACACACACACUCACACGUGCACUCACAAGAACACUAACCGUAAGCAAUCACAGCAGACACUUGCUCUUCCUGUGUUCACCUCUUGUCCUUAGAUGCAGUGUACUGUGUGUUCAUCUCUAGGUGCCGUACCCAGGCAUGUGUGUGACUCCACUGAGUCGACAAUGAAUCAAAUAUGACUUUUUUUGUUGCUGUCAGUCGUCCAUGCAAAGCACUUUUCUGUGUCGUUUGCACUUCCUGUGUGUUUUUUUCCUUCUUCUCCUGUGGGAGCCAUGAGAACAAUCACAGCCGGCAGAUUCACGCCACCAUGAUUCAAAUUGCGCUUACUUUUAAUUUUACGAGCAACUCCGAGGCACUUUGAUGCUCAGAUAACGUGUGUUCAUGUGAAAUGUAUGUGUUCUUGCAAGCGGCUCAGACACACAACAACAGUCCUCUUACUGCCUCAUUUUUAAAACCUUUUGAUAUCUGUGGCAUCUUUCUAUAAUCCGCGCGUGAGAUCCCGAAGCGCUGAAGCCGCCCCUUUUUAAAUUUACAAAUGCGCUGCACAGUCUCGACCGCCUGACCUGCAUGCACCGUGGUAAAUGUCGCUUGCAUUGUUGCGUACCUUUUUCAUCCUCUGAGCUGCAUGGAUGUUGACGCUGUUUGUUAUAUUUCCUCAAACUAGCCUGAUUGUGUUCUGGUGCUGUUUGCAAAAAACAACUCUGUCGCCACUUCCUGCUUAUUACUUUGUGCUUAAAACUGCGCAGUCAGCUUCAUGGUCUGUUAAUGUGAAAGCAGUGUAUCGGUUGACCCGCACAGAAACACAAGACACACAAGACCAGCAUAGAUGCUGCUCGUCUGCCGUCUUGUUUUUGUCCAUGUGAGUCACUCAAACUGCUUCAGGUUGCUCUCGCUUUGUGUGUUUUUGUCUCCGACUUGCAUAUCGAGGGAGCAGGUAAUGUUUGGUGAUUCUGUCGCUGAUAACUCUGUGUUACUGAAUGUGAAUAUUGUCGAUUAAUCUAUAAAUGGCUGUACUGUAAUUUAUUUGACAUGGAUUUUCCUUUAUUUUCUGUGACGUGUCAGCAUAUAUAUACGACAGAAAGCAGGGUAAACAGAUUGAUACGUGGGUGUUGUAGUUUUUGGAGAUUCAUCAGCACGUCCACGACUCACCUCUGAACGGGAGACGCGUCACUACGUCGCCCCUGAUACCAGCAGAAUCCACCGAUUUCUGUGAAUAAAAAUGAUUUGUGUGUGCCAUACGUGGGUACUGCUACUCACUCACCAGUGACAGUGCAACAUACUGUAUAUUCACUCCAACCUAUCAAUGCAUUGUUUAUAUUCAACAUGUUUAAUCAUGAGUUUUAUCAUUUGGGUUUUGUGGCCUUAUAUUUCGUCAUGACUUCACAUUGACUUUCUUUGAGCUAGUUUAGAGUCACAUAUAUUUAUCAUGGUAUAUAGAAUGAUUUGCAGAUUUAUUUCUCUAUGCCCUCAAGAGGCAGGGUUUGCACCACAGUUUGAGGUGAUGAGGCAAAGGUUUUGUCCGACAGUAUCGUUUGUUCUGCGAGUAAACUUGAUUCUUAUUUGAUGGUAGGUUUCUUUGGUUUGUUUUUUGGGGUGUAAAGAAACUUUGAUGUAGACAGUCUCUGUGAAAUAAUGAUGAUCAGUGCGAACAUAAAAAUAAAAAAAGGCUAAAAAAAGUCCAACCUCUGAUGAUUCAUUCUGUACCUUUACAGUUACACAGGUAGAUUUUAAAGACGGUGAAGACGAAAUGACUCGAUGCAGAAUGCAUGGGGAAAUGUGUAUGUGAUGUAAAGACAACAAACAAAAUACUGCUGUGUUACAAAUAAACCCAUUUUCUGUA